AAGAGCCCGGGCCGGGUUGGCCUUUCAAAGCAACAGCCUGAAGAGUCCAAGGUGUCCCGGGGUUCCGUGCCCCGUGCUCCGGCGGCUUCCAUGUGUGUUUCACGGUGAGCGCCUGGUCGGUGCGCCCACGUCGCCGCGUCCCCUCCCAUUGUUGGUGUCCUGGGCUUAGGGGCUCAGAGGUGUAUUUGUGAAGAAACCAGUGCACUAAGAGAGGGAAGAGAGGAACCCAGCUGUGAGGUGUGUACGCCCAAGAACCAUGUCUACACGGGAGUCUUUUAACCCGGAAAGUUAUGAAUUGGACAAGAGCUUCCGAUUAACAAGAUUUACUGAACUGAAGGGCACUGGCUGCAAAGUGCCCCAAGAUGUCCUGCAGAAAUUGCUGGAAUCCUUACAAGAAAACCACUUCCAAGAAGAUGAGCAGUUUCUGGGAGCAGUUAUGCCAAGGCUUGGCAUUGGGAUGGAUACUUGUGUCAUUCCUUUGAGGCAUGGUGGUCUUUCCUUGGUGCAAACCACAGAUCACAUUUAUCCUAUCGUCGAUGACCCCUACAUGAUGGGCAGGAUAGCAUGUGCUAAUGUGCUCAGUGACCUCUAUGCCAUGGGGGUCACAGUGAUUCUCCUUGGAAUCAGUAAUAAAAUGACCGAUAGGGAAAGGGAUAAAGUGAUGCCCCUAAUUAUACAGGUUUUUAAAGAUGCAGCAGAGGAGGCAGGAACGUCUGUAACGGGACAAACAGUGUUAAACCCCUGGAUUGUUUUGGGAGGAGCGGCUACAACUGUCUGCCAGCCCAAUGAAUUCAUCGUGCCAGAUAACGCAGUGCCUGGGGACGUGCUGGUUCUGACCAAGCCCCUGGGGACGCAAGUGGCCGUGGCUGUGCACCAGUGGUUGGAUAUUCCUGAAAAGUAGAAUAAAAUUAAACUAGUGGUCACUCAAGAAGAUGUGGAGUUGGCAUACCAGGAGGCGAUGAUGAAUAUGGCAAGGCUCAACAGAACAGCUGCUGGACUCAUGCAUACUUUCAAUGCCCACGCUGCCACUGACAUCACUGGCUUUGGAAUUCUGGGCCACGCACAGAACCUGGCUAAGCAGCAGAGGAACGAGGUGUCCUUUGUGAUUCACAACCUCCCUGUUCUGGCCAAGAUGGCUGCUGUGAGCAAGGCCUGCGGAAACAUGUUUGGCCUCAUGCAUGGGACCUGCCCGGAGACAUCAGGAGGCCUUCUAAUCUGUUUACCACGUGAGCAAGCAGCUCGGUUCUGUGCAGAGAUAAAGUCUCCCAAAUAUGGUGAAGGUCACCAAGCAUGGAUUAUUGGGAUCGUAGAGAAGGGCAACCGUACAGCCAGAAUCAUAGACAAACCCCGGAUCAUCGAAGUCCCACCACAGGUGGCCACUCAAAAUGUGAAUCCCACACCUGGUGCCACCUCUUAAUCUAGACCGAAAUAGCUAUUUGGUUUUGUUUUUAAAUAGAUCUAUUUCCUUUAUCAGCAUUUCAAUUAAAGACUAUAAACAACAA